UUUUAGUGCUUAUUAGAGAGACAUUUCAAAAUUUUAACUUGGAGAAAAAAACAAAGAAAUUUCAAAAGUAAACUUGACAUCAUCACAUGUCUACGCUUCUGUCUCCCCCACUUGACAUGGUCCUCAGGACAGUCUCCCACUUGACAUGGUCCUGAGGCUUCUUGUCUCUCUUUCUCUCUCUGUAUCUCACUAAUUCAUUUACUCUGCUUCUCUCAACACAAACCAAACUAAGAAGACACAUUUUUCAUGAACCGAACUAAUCAUGUAUCAUCUUCCCACUUCUUGUCUAGUUAUAUUCUUCCUCCUCUCCUUAUUUCACCCUCUUCCUUGUGAUUCAAGUAAUCAAGGACUUGGCUGGUGUGAGACUUUGUUUCAGUGCGGAAACAUCACCGCUGGUUUCCCCUUCUCGGGUGGGAAUCGUCAUAAAGAAUGCGGUCAUCCAUCGCUGGAGCUUCACUGCAACAAAAACAACAUCACCUCUUUAUUCAUCUCAAACCAAAAGUACUCUGUUCUCCGUAUAGAUCAAACAUCUAACACUCUUACACUUGCCAAACAGAACCUUCUAGGUUCUUUUUGCUCCUCUGUAUUCACAAACACAACCUUGCCUCCCGAAACUUUCGAGCUUUCACGGACCUACAAGAGCGUCACUAUAUUCUACCAAUGCUCCUCUGUGCUUCCUAACCUUUCUAGCUAUACAUGUCCUGAGAUAGGUCCCAUCUCAGUGUCUGAAAGCCCUGAAAAAUAUCCUGAGAGCUGUCGUUCCAGUUUCACCGUGAAGGUUCCCACGAGUUUCGAUACAAAAGAGAAAGAGUUGAAUGUGACCAAUUUGGAAAGUGUUUUAAGAAAAGGAUUUGAGGUGACGGUGGUGAUCAAUGAGAAUACAUGUCAGGAAUGUUUAUCCUCUCUUGGAAGAUGUCAUGUCUUCAACGAAAACUUAACACCAGGAGUUAAAUGUCGUCCACCAAGUGACUCUGAGGGUUCUUGUGGAUAUAAUCAGACCUCAAGUACGUUCCUCUGCUAUUGUAAGGAUCCGUAUAGCCUAUCAUGCAGUUCGGGCAGUAAGAUUUCUUUCAUCGGUUCAUUUACAGACACUCUCUUUAGUUUCAUGAUUUCGGUUUCACAGUUUCUGUGUUCAUUCAGCGCUAACUGUUUUUCUUUUUUUUUUGCGCCAUUUUAUCGAUACAGAAUCUAAUAUUAGAUGGAUAAUAGGUGGUGUGUUGAUCUUGAUACUCAUAGUAUCAGGUAUUAUUGUUUCCUUGGUGUUUCUUUGCCUAUGUUGCCGAGCCAAGAUUGUCAGAAAGAAAAAAUCAUCAGAUGCUCUUGAAGUCCCUCCUAGACCUAUUAAAGAAUCACCAACACUUUCAGAGGAUAUUAAAGCACGGACUUGAUCUAAGAAGCCGCCGUGGAACUUUUGAAUUGUGUUCUUGUAUACUGAUACUUGUUCUCUAUUUGUUAUGCAAAUAAUAUUUACAGACAUUAACUUUAUAGGAUCAUUUCUCUAGAGUCUAGAGUAUGACUUUCA